GGAAAUUGUCUCUGGACUUUUCGCUGCUGCCCGGCUUUCUGGAUGCCUUUGGGGGCUUCUCUGUCUGUCCAGAAGCUUCAGAGCUUCAAAUAUACUUACUUGAGUGUUGAAAAUGGCUCACAGGAACUUAGAUGAAGGACUGUAAAUGUGAAAAUGUCAGCUCACUCGGGAAAACUUGGAUUUAUUUUUUUUCUUCUUAAAGUGGACAAAUUGUUCUUGGUGGAUGAAUGAAAAGUCAGCCCACGAAACAGCUCUGGAUAACGACUCAAAGCAAGUACUGCGUCUACAGCCUGUUUAUUGGAUUACGUAUUAAAUUACUGGAUAAUCACAAUAUUCAGAUACCGGAUUCUGCUGGAGAAUUUGCCAGAAGUAUUCCACUGAAAUAUCCGCAGUAUACUCCAAUAUGAGCCUGGUUGUCAGUUUGAGGACAAUGACAGAAGCAGAUGUUGUGCUUGGAUUUAACCUGGCAUAAAACCAGCUCUGUGGGAUAGAACUGGUUUUCCACCAUGCCGGUCGCCAUACGGAAAAGAAGUUGGGAAGAGCAUGUGACUCACCCAUCAGGAUUACAGUAUAGCUAUGAUGACCUGGAUCUGGUCUGCUGUCAUGGAGUAGACGGUGACGAGGUUCGGAUGGGCUCUGGCGCUUUAAAACAAGGCCGACGGACGAGGUGUGCCUCCAUGCCGGAGGGCUGCCACCAACUGCCUGCAGAAGAUCCUUCUCAGACACUUGGGGUGACGCCUUCUGCUGAUAAGGAUGCUACUGAAUCAGAACACCUGAGACCGACCGAAAACAAUGGAAAUGAUCCACAGGAUUUGCAGGAGUCAAGUCCUUGCUCUCAGGAGCCGGCGGGUGCUGACACUCACCAAAACAACUCUGAAUCAGAGCAUCUCCAAACCAUAAACACUGGGGAUUCCGGAGUCUUUUUUUGCAUGUCUAGUUCAAAUAUUUCUUGCCCAGCUGAUACCACCAAUCCGACUAAGGAUACUCAACAUUGGGAAAGUGGCAUCAUGUCAGAAGGUAGUCAGAGUCACAUCUGCAAUGAUGAUAAUUUCUUUAAAAGUCCAAAUAUAUGUCAUGAAGAGCAACAAUGCAUCUCUAUCUCUUCAAACAAUGAGCUUCUAUUGUCUGAAAGUGCUCGUGAACCGUCUGGCGAACUUCCAAACCAUCACGAAACAAAGGAAAGCCAUGCAGAGGGUUACAGCAGACCUCCUGCGAUCUCUGGGGCCGUAUUAAACCAGUUCUCUGUUGUUGAGCCGGAGCCUCAAACUGCCUCCCCAGAUGUUGUCGAAGGGAUGAUUUCCACCUCUGAUCAAGCUGCUGUAAGUGGAUCUGUUGCUGCGCCUCACAGUUCAGCUAAUGUGAUGGAAGCCGGUAAUGCAACGUCAAUGGCUAACAAAACCAUAGAGACAGUGUUGACGUUAGCAGGAGUUGGUGACGAAGGAGAAACUAACAGCUGGAGCGCAGAUUCUGCCCACACGCUGGAUGAGCAGAAAGAUUCAGAAACUCUGAAUAAUGCUGCAGGAUAUAAGAGUCCCUCAAGAGACAUUGAAGGAGAGCAGGAUUGUGAUGACCGUGCCGGGGCGCCGGAGCAGGACUGUGGUUGUGAAAUAUUUUGCCAGACGUUGCUGGAACAGCAUGAUGUUGAAACGCCAGCAGGGAACUGGCCUCAUGAAGAUGAAAGUGCACAAGGAGGGAGCAGCGAGGAAGCAGCACAUGUCAGGCACGAGCCCUCUGAAUCUCCCGAUACUGGAGUCAAAAGGCAGCCUUGCUCCUCGACAGCGAACCAGAACGUGUCAUCUGAACAGGCAAACGCUGGAUAUUCACGAGGAGAUCCCAGCCAGACAAACACGGAUCAGUCUCAGCAAGCCUCUCUAAAUCAAUCGGAGGUACAUUCUGAUCAAGUCAUAUUACCCAAAGAACUGACUGCGUCUGAGGAUCUCCCCACACCUAAUCCUUCAGAAAAUACUUGUUCAAAACUGGACACAAUUCUAGAAAUCAGCUCAUUCGCAGCGAACGCCUCCACUCCGCUGAAACCGCAACAGAAAACUGGUGAUAAUACGACCCAAAAUCCAGUUCAGGAUGCCUUUUUAGAUGAUGAAUAUGAGGCUACUGAGCAACUGACGCAAAAACUAACACCAGGCUCUAAAGAGGUCAGUAAUGGACUCCAUAGCAACCAGACCUCUGAUAGUUACUUCAGCUCAGAGUCACCUGCUUCUGAGGUGGCAGAUGGUCACAGGGAACACUACCGGCCUGGGGCCACAAUUUCUACGAUGGAAGAGCCAGACGAGGCCAUACACUCAGCUUCUCACAGCGACGCACAACCUCCCGGCUCAGUUGUCAAUGGAAUAAAUGACCCAGGAGACCAGAAAGGGGACAAAGUGCGCAUGAGGAAGCGUGAACACGCACGUUUGGACUCGAUGGUACUGCUGCUGAUGAAGCUGGACCAGCUGGACCAGGAAAUUGAAAAUGCCCUCAGUGCCACUUCUUCUAUGGACAGCACGCCCACCCUCCAUCGCCGACAUGUCCUGGAGGUUGAUUUAGGAUCCAGGCCAGCAGCCUCACAACCCCUCCCACCUACCACUGCUCUCUCUUCAGGAUCCGCGCCAGCUCCUGGAGUAAAACCUAAGAGUCGGAGCACCUCUGCUGUUCCUGAGAAAGAAAAUGCAGAGAUUGAAGCAAAAGAGGCCUGUACCUGGCUCCGAGCAGCGGGGUUCCCACAGUACGCCCAGCUGUACGAAGAUGCCCUGUUUCCCAUUGAUAUAUCUUCAGUUACCAGAGACCACGACUUCCUUGAUCGGGACGCCAUCGAGGCUCUCUGCAGGAGACUGAACACCCUCAACAAGUGUGCUUUAAUGAGGCUGGACAUAACGCCACAAAGAAAGAGAAGCGAAGACUCAGACGAGGACGAGCCGUGUGCCAUCAGCGGCCGAUGGACCUUCCAGAGGGACAGCAAGCGCUGGUCCCGGAUGGAGGAGCUGGAGGUUUUCUCCUCGCUCCCCGCAGACGCCGCCCAGCCCUCGUUCGCCAAGGACCAAGCGUCCCAGAAGGGCCAGCCGGCCCUGCGGGAGGGCACCAGCUCGGAGAGCGUGCUCACCGACCUCAGCGAGCAGCCCGAGGUGGGCUCCCUCCACAGCAGCGGCAGCGGAGGGAGAGGAGAGGAGAAGAGCCACGGCGCCGCCCUGGCGAACGAAGCCGCGCCCGCCGGGGCCACGCGCGCCAGCUCCGUGGCCAGCAUGUGCUCGUCCUCGGGCACCGGCGGGUCGGGAGGCGCCAACGAGGACUCCCUGUCCGACGGGUUGCCCCCGUCGCCCCUGGAGACGCUUCGGCAGUUCACUUACGACGUCAAAACGGGGAUGGUGGGAGGAGGAGGCCUGGACCAAGGCGGAGGCGGCGGGAAAAACACGCGUUCCCGGGCGAAGAGCUUCCUCAAGAGGAUGGAGAGUCUGCGGAUCCGGAGCGGCUCAUCCUCCAAGAGGAAGAAGAGAGGGAGUGGGAGCGGCGGCGGCGGAAAAAUCGAAAUCAGCGGCCCCGUCAUCAAAGAGGGCCUGGACGAUGACAAACUCCGCAGCCUGAACUGCGUGGACAUCUCCAGCAUCAACUUCAACCACCACCGCAAUCCCACGCAGACCAUGACUCUGAACCGGAACCGCUCCGUGUCGUACUCCACGCAGACCAGCAACGGCAGCACCGGCAGCACCGGCAGCAGCCAGUCGGAAGCUAGCAGCGGCAGCGCGGUGAGCACGCCCAGCCCGGUGACCCGGGCCCGCAGCCACAGCACCGCGGCGAGCUCCGGGAAGAGAGGGGGCAUGUAUCUAGAAGGCUUUGACCCUUUCAGCGUCAUCCAAGAAGCUUCGGGCCGACAGCCGCCGGCCCCCAAAUCCGCCCCUGCCGUCCCCUGCCAAGCUACCGACGGGAUGUCGAGCGACGAGCAGAACCGCAGGAACAACCGCGCUUUUCAAGACAAAAGCAGGCGGGACGACGAAGAGGAGGAGGAGGAGGAGGAGGACGAAGACGGGGCCAUGCUCUUUUUCUAUUUACCCGAAGGCCACAAGCCGGGAACUUUCCCCAAAGCCCUGAAGGACGGGAGUUCACGUAACAACAACGGGAACGAGAACGGGAACUCCGUGAUCCUCAGGGGUCGGCAGAGCAGACGCCAGCGCCGCGCCUCCUCGGGCUCCGUCGACAGCCCCAGGCUCAGUUUUUACGACAACGUCCCCUACGCCGAGAGGGAGGAGGAAGAAGGGGACGAACGGAAGCUGGAGGAAGUGCUGCAGCACGUUAGCGGCCUGCAGCGCUUCGUCAACGCCUGGUCGGACGCCGUGGCCUGCGAAGAGGAGGACGAGGAGGAGGACGAGGAAGAGGAGGGCGACUCCGACUCGGCGCUGGACUCGGCGUCUCCCUGUCCGUCCUCCCCUCUGCAGAACCAGCUGGAAGAGACGGAGAACGGGAGCGACCAGGACAGCACGGGAAACCCGCUGGGCGAGGCCGACGACGGGAUGAGAGAGAGGAGAGAUUCAGGCGUCGGAGCAUCGCUCACUCGGACCAGCAGACCGCAGAAACUCCGCUGGCCGAGCUUCCAGAACUCCCAUCGGCCCAGCCUGGCCUCCGCCCAGCUGCAGAUCAGCUGCCAGUCCGUGCUGCAGAUGAACCUCCUGCAGAAACUCUCCCUCCUGCAGCUCACGGCACUGCUGGAAAAACACACGCCGACAAACAAACACGGAUUCAGCUGGGCUGUGCCAAAGUUUAUGAAGCGGAUAAAGGUGCGCGACUAUAAAGACAGGAAUGUGUUCGGUGUGCCGCUGCAAGUCAUCGUCCAGCGGACCGGCCAGCCCCUUCCUCAGGGAAUCCAGCAAGCCAUGCGUUAUUUACGCAACCAGUGUCUCGACCAGGUCGGUCUGUUCAGGAAGUCUGGAGUGAAAUCUCGUAUCCAGGCUCUCCGUCAGAUGAACGAGGCGAGCGGCGCGGACGGCGGGGGCGUCAACUACGAGGGCCAGUCGGCGUACGACGUGGCAGACAUGCUGAAGCAGUAUUUCCGAGACCUGCCCGAGCCGCUGCUCACGAGCAAACUGUCGGAGACUUUCCUGCAGAUCUAUCAGUACAUGCCGAAGGAGCUGCGUCUCCAGGCGACCCGCGCCGCUGUGCUGCUGCUCCCGGACGAGAACCGAGAGGCGCUGCGGACGCUGCUGUGUCUGCUCAGCGACGUGACGGCCAGCGUGGGCGAGAACCAGAUGACGCCGACCAACCUGGCCGUCUGUCUGGCCCCGUCGCUCUUCCACCUCAACACGCUGCGCCGCAAAGAGAGCUCCUCGCCCAGGGUGAUGAACCGGAAGCAGACGUUGGGGAAGCCGGACCAGAGGGACCUGAACGAGAACCUGGCCGCCACUCACGGCCUGGCACACAUGAUCCAGGAGUGCAGGAAGCUCUUCAGGAUCCCUGAAGAAAUGAAUCGCUGCAGGAACUCGUACGUGGAGCAGGCUCUGCCGCCCCUGCGGCUGGAGGAGCUGGCGGGCGAAGACGCCGGGGACGGAGGCUACAGGGCCUUUCUGCAGGACGGCUUAGACGCCCUGCUCAAGGAGGCCAAGGACAAGUUCAGAGGUUACGACAGCUGCUCCACCCCGGAGCACGUGGAGCUGGCCUGCAGGAAGGUGCAUGACGGGUUUCCGCUGCGGCUGUGGAAAGCGACCGUGGAGAUUCCCGCGAGUCCCGAGGAGGUUCUGACGCGGCUGCUGCGAGAGCAGCGGCUCUGGGACGAGGACCUGCUGGAGAGCCGGGUGGUGGAGACGCUGGACGAGAGGACGGAGAUGUACCAGUACGUCAGGAACACCAUGGCCCCGCAUCCCACCAGAGACCACCUGGUGCUCAGAACCUGGGCAACGGACCUGCCGAAGGGAGCGUGUGCUCUCCUGUGCUCGUCCGUGGACCACGAGGGGGUGCCGGCCGUGGGCGUCCGCGCCAACGUCCUCACGUCACGAUACUUCAUAGAGCCGUCGGGGGCCAACAAAUCCCGACUCACACACAUCUCCAGAAUCGACUGCAGGGGUCGUUUCCCAGAGUGGUACAAUAAACUUUACGGACACUUGUGUGCUGCUGAGGUGGCGCGGAUACGAGAAUCCUUCAUCAUACCCACGGACAAAUGAGAGCGCACGACAGGUUCCUGGUGUGAAAUACCUUUUUUUUCCCCCAUCCGAGUGAAGUCUGAGUGGACGCCUCUUUAUUCUAAAAGGACAAAGCCUGGAUGGAAGGAAGGACUUUGUUCGGCCUGUGACAUUUAAAAGUGCUCCGUCGGGACCAGGAAGACUCGCGCCCAGAUCUGUCCAGACCCCAGGACAUCAUGUUGCUGAUAGAGGAUGUGUGGACUUUAUCUAAAGGGUGCUAUUGCUUCUGAGAAGUACGGGAGAUUAAAGUGUGUGUGUGCGUGUGUGUGUGUGUGUGAGUCAGCGUUUAAAGCAACAAACGGUUAACACAUAUUUGUAAAGCUGGUUUCCAGGCGCAGAACGACGUGUACAUAUAAUAUUCCGGGCCACGCAACGUCAGCUGGUGUUGAAGCCUUUUUUCCCUUUUCUAUUACAGCAAAGCACACGAUGAAAAAAGUAGAUAAUUACCGCGCGCUGAUUGACGAAUCCACGGGUGGAGAAAGACUUGAAUGUGCCGGUUAUAGGCGGAGCGAGAGGCGACGGACGGGGGUGCGGUGAGACGACAGGUGGCAGAAAAACACUCUUAGCGUGGGUGUUUCCAGGUGGAGACGGACGAGUAUUGGUGGCUGGCUCACCAACACAAAACAAGAGAGAGCGAUUCAAGUAGGAGCCUCGGCUUACCGACAGGAAAAUAAAAGUCACGGCGAUCCCUCGAGCAGACCAUAAUUCGGGUCGGCCUCAGUGAGUCACAAGCUCAACAUAGAAGCUGUUUUUGUUCAUGGAAACGCAUAGCUAGCUCUAGUUCCUCUGCUAGGAGACCAACGUUGUGCCAAAAGCCAGUUCUGCAGCGACUUUGAAGAGUAAUGAGAGGCUAUAAGCAAAAUAAAACAUGCUGACCAACAGAUUUAAUGGACCAAAUAAAUAAAAUACUGAUCUCAGUAGUCGUUCGUUGUUAGAGCCCAGCACAAGUUACUGUUUUUGUGUCGUUGUUGGCUACACAUCACUUAUCCUUUCAUGUAGAUAUAAAUAGACCCCCCCCCCCCCCCUCCCCUUCCAUGCAAUGGUUGAACUUACAAUGCAAACCUCUAGCUAUAAGAAAAGAUCAUUUAAAAAACAGAGAAAAACUAAAUGGUCCUUUUAUAAAGGUGGGGAUUUUACAGGUUUUACUGUAAAGAAACGCAAAAGAGGGCAGACUUUGUGGCUUUAGAGGAAGGGCAGAUAUAUAUUCGUGCGGGCUUCUUUCUCGUCAGUGUUCAAACAAGUUACAAAAGUCGAGUCCUCGUAACCUUCUUCGCUUGUAACGCUUACCGCUUCAGCCCGAGGGCGCGCAUCGUUCAUGUGGAGUGUGUAUCCAUUAAUUCACUAAGCCAUUGUUCAUAUCAUCAAUGUUCACGUAACUGUGUCUCUGCCAAAUAAUAAUGCAUGACAAUGACAGUUAAUUUAAAAGCAGAUAUAUUUAUACCUCAGAUAUAUGUUUGUUUUGUAUCAUUUUAUUUUAUUUUUAUUUUAUUGUACAUGUUAAGCUUCGUGUUACAGAAAUGAAAAAGAAUGUUUUAUCUUUUUUAUUAAUAUUAUUUCUGUACAGGUUAAUCAAAGUGCACUAUUAAAUGUAUUAAACUAACGCCUGUGUGGGUCGUCUGUUAUGUAACGGUUGUGCAACGAGACCACGCCACAAAAAAAGAAAAAAAAAAAGAGCAAAAAAGUUUGUGCCUUUGUUCUGGUUUUGCCCUUCAAAUCCUUCAUAAUCUUUGCAGUCACUUGUUUACACUACAGUCUGUCCCGUGUAAUUACAGCCUCUCACAUCCAAUCUGAUUGUGGAUUUCCCUCCUCACUUCCCCGUAUCGCCACAUCUCUCUCUCUCUCUCUCUGUGUCCCUUGACUCCACUCCACACCCAUAAAUCUGUGAUUGGACCAGAGAGGCCUGGAGUCUGCUGAGCUCACUCCUUAGACGCACUUUUGAUCCAAAAGGAGAAGGAUAUUCAACAAGGAGGAAAGCAAAAACAUGACUGUAGCAGCUAAAAAUAACAUAUUCUUGAUUUGCUUAAUUAUAAUGGUACUUUAAGUUUAAGUUAUGGAUAAAUUGAAAUUAUACUUGUGUUACGUCAUCACGUUGGGGCUUAUAGGUGUGGCUUUGAUUUGUGCGUUGGUUGGUUUGAUUGUGUGGUGGCGGGUGGAAGACAAACGAAAGCGUUCAUAUUAGGCUGAUAUAUUUUUUGUUGACCGUCACCGUUUUUGCUUUGCUUCAGCCACGCAAAUAUUCAUUGUUUAUUUUAUUUUUGCACUAUAAUAAUCGAUUGCUGCCAAGUGAUAUUUUUGUUACAAUAAACCUGGAUC